AUGGAUGUAGCGACUGCUUCAACAGCGGUAACUAAUAUCAUGGGUGUAGCUUCUGCAUUCGCGUUGGUUGGAGGAUUCUUCUCAGACUCAUACAUAACUAGGUUUACUGCCAUACUAGUAUUUGGUCCCUUCGAGUUCUUGGGGUAUGUAUUAUUAGCAACACAAGCACAUCUUCCAUCACUUCAACCACCAGUAUGCGAUAUCUCAGUGCAAUUUGAUAACUGCAAACAAGUUCAAGGUUACAAUGCAAUUAUACUCUACGUAGGUGUCAACGUUCUUGCCUUUGGAGAAGGCUGCUUAAGAGCAAACCUUGCAUCCUUUGGUGGAGAUCAAUUUGACGACAAUGACCCAAUUGGGUUACAACAAAAGUCUAGCUUUUUCAAUUGGUAUACUUUCAGUAUUUCACUUGGAGCUAUUAUAGGUCUUACCCUAAUAGUAUGGGUUCAAGAGAAUAAAGGAUGGGAUUUUGCUUUCACUUUGUCAGCUGGCUUAGUUCUACUAGGGUUGAUUGUGGUGGCCUCUGGUAUCUCAUUUUAUCGUAACCUAAUACCAACAGGUAGUCCUCUAACAAGGAUGUUGCAGGUAAAGUUCCUCUCUUAA